AUGACAUAUUUAAUUCUUUUGGAAAUAGAUAUAAAAUGCCUCAAUUGAAAUCCAAAUUCAAUCGGUUGAGAAAUGCACAUCGAGAAUUUUCUCAUCUUUUGGAACAAACUGGUAUGGGGUGAGAUCCUCAAACAAAUACUGUUACAGCAAGUGAUGAAGUAUGGGACACUUAUCUAAAGAAAUAUCCAAAUGCCAAGAGAUUUCGAAAAAAAGGAUUGCAACAUUAUGAGAUGCUUGGAGAAAUAUUCAAUAAUACAACAGCCACUGGUGGUAUGAGUUAUGCCUCCACUCAACUUCCGCCUUCUUCAGUUGAGGAACGCCAACAAGAGCGUCAUUUUGUUGGCACUGGAGCACAUGUUGAUAUUGAUUUUGAAUUUGAUGGUGAUAAUUAUGGAGAGGAAGAAGAAGUUACUGGUGUACGUCGUCGAGCUACUUCUGCUCCACCAGAUGCACCAAAACCAAAAGAGAAAAAGAACAAAGGGGCUAGUUCUGCCUUCGACCAAGUGAUGGGAGAACUUGCAAAAAGUAUUUCUGCUAAGACUGAGGCAUCAUUAACACGGAGUGAGACUAUGCGUACCUAAGAUGGAUGAUUCGGAUGAGGAGUUUGAAAUAUUAUUUGGUGAUACUUCGUCUUCAUCAAGCGAGGAAUUAAUUGGUCAAGUUCUCAUGGCUAAUCGAAUACAUGAGAUGCAAAAAUCUCAACAGAUUAGACGACCACUACGCACUUCAAAUAUGUCUG